GGUCCAGGCUGCAGCAAAGCUGGACGUGUCUCCCGGGGUCGUGCACACACUGGUCCAGUCCACCAAACCGCCGAGAUGCCGCAGCAGCAGAAAACGUCUGAGAUGAGCUAAAAAGGCUUAGGCACCAUGGACUUGAGUAGACAUCAGCCCGGGUCCAGGAUGUUCUUUGUACCAACGCGGACUCGGUGAUGUGCUGGGGACAUUAGUAGAAGUGUUUUUAAUUUGAAGGAGAUAUAUAUUUGAGAAGAACUUGCGGGAGAUCCAGCAUGAGUGUUCUUUCAGGCUUCCCUCACCAUCCGGUCAUGCACCACCACGACAGCCACCAUUACUCCCUGCACGGAGACACCGGAGCCCCUCCGUAUUUCACCAGCUGGCUCAUCAGCCACGCCGACGUUUCCCCCACCGAGUACGGCAUGGCGCCGGGAUACAGCCCCGACUACCACGGGAACACCCCGGGCGGCCUGGACCCCCACCACCACCACCACCACCACCACUACGGACACGCCGGACACGGCGGACACGGCGCCGUCUCCGUUAACGGAGCCCCCGUGGGCAUGCACCAGCACCACCACCACCACCCCCGCACCGUUAAGAGGAGACCCACCGCCAACCGGAAGGAGAGGCGGAGGACGCAAAGCAUCAACUCGGCGUUCGCGGAGCUGCGGGAAUGUAUCCCCAACGUCCCCGCAGACACCAAGCUGUCCAAAAUCAAGACGCUCCGCCUGGCCACCAGCUACAUCUCCUACCUGAUGGACAUCCUGGACAAGGACGGACAGCACGGGGACACGCAGGCUUUCAAGGCCGACCUCAAGAAGUCCGAUGGCCGGGACGAGCGGAGGAAGAGGGACACGGCGGAUAUCCCCAAGACAGCCUCAUCCUCCUCAUCAUCAUCAUCAUCGUCGUCGUCUUCAGUGGGCGACAAGAAGACAAAAGGAAGGACAGGAUGGCCCCAACAUGUCUGGGCUCUGGAACUCAAACAGUAGCUGAAACGUCGUUGCAGGUUGAUUGCAAACACAGGAACUAAAAGUCAUCAUCUCUUGAAUGGUGCGGACGCCCAACCACAGGACCGGACACACAAUUUGUAGUCCCGGUAGACGCUUACGGUCGUGUGUUUAUACACUUUUCUACUGUUUGCUGACAACCACAAUGCAUUCAGUACACUUGCAGUGAGUGUCCAUAGUGCGGCCCGGGGGCCAUUUUCAGCCCACAGCUUGUUUUAUAUUAUUUUAUAUUCAGGAAUGAGAAAUCUUAUUAUUUAUUAUAAUAAUUUGCUUUGUCAUAUGCAACACAAAGCGAAGAUGUGAUUGUUUUUGAAUGACAUUUUAGCAUCUGCAAUAUACAAAACGUAUCAAAGUGGCCUCCCUGCAUCCUACUACGCGGCCCCCACUGCAAAAUAUUUGGACACGCCUGGUUUAGCAUAUAUCAGGGAUGUCCAAAGUGUUGUCCUGGGGCUACUUUUUAGCAUGCGGCUUGUUUUUCAUUGCCCUAUCAGCGUAUUAUAAAACAAGAAAAUACAAAAACAACAAUGUUGAAAAAAAAGUCAAAAAGUCCUAAAGGAACAAGAAAAUGUUGAAAUGCCACAAAAGCUGCGUUCUCAUUCUCGGACCACCCACCAAUGGCAAAGUAAUUGAGACGGCGACAAGAGGUCACCAAACCAAUCGUCUCCUUCACUCACGGCGCAGCCAAAAAUAACAGCGUGUGGAACACACAAUGGAACUGCACCACACGCAUGAUGCAUGCAUCUAAAAUAAACCCUUAUACGCCAGUAUACAUGCAAAACUGUACUACUUUAUACAAAUGUAUAACCUGUGUGGUACUGCUGGGGAACUUCCUUACCUUAGCGUUACCAAAAUAGGCCGAUGGAGAAUAUACCGUAGGCAUAAAAUUGUGUGAUUUGCCACAAAUAAGAACAGAAUACACGCUUAGUACACAUGCAGGUUACAUUAUUGGAUUGAUUUUAGACUUUUUUUUUUUUUUUUUACAAAAUAAAAAUGUUAUAAAUUAAAUAAAGCUUAGUAGUAUUGGUGCCAAAGGGCCAAAAUAAUCUUUAACAUACUUCAUCAUCAGCGAUUUCAGUUUACAGGUGACCUUUUUCAUGAAUUGUAGGUCGUCUUUAAUUUUAAUUUUAGAAUACGUGAGAGAGAAUAAAAAAAAAAAAAAAAAAAGAAAUGAGCUGCGGGCCACAAAUGUCCGCAGAACCACACUUUGGACACCCCUGACAUUGAGUUGUGUUGUCUUCAAAGAAAUGAGAGUGAACACAACAGUUUGGUGGCAUUCAUCCAGGGCCCCAUAAAUAACAUCUAACACACACACACAGACACACACACACACACACACACCUAGACACACACACACACACACAGCAGACCAGCUGGCUCUCAGCUUUAUUUAACUUGAUAUAUUUAUGUGCAAUGCGGCCGUAAGGACGAGCCCAACUAUUACGCCACUCAAUACCAAUAUACAAAAUACACGGUGUCCCUAAAGUCUACUGUCCACAUACAAUACACGCGUACAUUCCACACUAAAAGUACAAUUUAUUAAUAAUUAGUUCAUAAAACUAUAGAAUUAAUGAAAUGUUUAAAUUUAAUGAAAUGUAAAUAAAUGAAAUGACAUAAUAACAAAUUAUUGUCUAGUACAGGGGUGGGAAAACUACGGCCCGGGGGCCACAUCCGGCCCGCCAAGUGUUUGAAUACGGCCCGCCCAAUCUUUCCAAAGUAUUUAAUUGAAACUCAACAUACAACCUGGCAUCAUGGCCUGAGCCAACCUUUUGAUGGUUGUAUCAAUUUCGUUGUUUGACAUGGUCUGUUGUUUACAAAGUGCUCCUGAAAAAAGAG